AUGUCGCUUUCGACUAGCCGACAACGUCACCUUUUGAGUACAAGGCAGUUACAAGAAUGCCCACCUUGCUUCAACUGCCAACUUUCAACUGACAAGUGCACCAACGGCGGUCUAUGUGAUCCCAGCGGAGUCUGCCAAUGCAUUUCUGGAUGGGGAGAUACGGAUUGCUCAAAGCCGCUUUGUGGAUCGCUUUAUUCAGAGGAUCGCCCUAUUCGUCAAGGGGAUCAUUGUGAUUGUGAUGAUGGUUGGGGUGGUGUCAAUUGCAACGUGUGUCAAUCCGAUCAAGCUUGUAUUCCUGCCAAAGGAGCCAAUGCAACAUGUUCAAAAACAGCUAUCGGUAUAAAAUCCAUGCAUGCUUGGUGUGACACCACGAACAUCCCUUGGAUUGACAACACGCAUGUAUCAUUACAAUGUGAUUGGGAACAAUCACAGUGCGUUUUUCAAUUUUGGAAGGACUCUCAAGAGCAAUUCUACUGUGAGCUUUCGGAUUGCACCCAAACAACUACGGAUGGCGUAGAGGUGCAUGGAAAGUGUGAAAACGCUGUAUGCGGCUGUAUGGAAAAUGCUUUUAUGUGUGGGGGUGAAGUAGACAUGUCAAAGCUGGUUGCCAAUGUCAAAGGACCGUCAGAGUGGUAUUGUAAAGAUGGACAAAAUUGCUGGUACAAUGAAUACUCCACCUUGGUUGGCAUUUUCCCGGAUAACAUCAUGUUGAGUUGUGAUGUAGGCGAAUGCCUCAAUGAUCAAGAUUUAGCCGAUGUUGCUCCCAUUGUCGGGGUAACAGAGUCCUUGAUUGCCUUUGUGGUGAUCCUCGUUGGCAUCAUCGUUUAUGCAGCAACAAAGUUAGCAGUAAAGCGACAACAACGGAUGUUUGGUGGAAGCAUCCAGCUUUCUGAUAUUUAUGAAAGUGAACAAGAUGCUCAAAAUCAGGAUGAUGAGAUUGAAAGCGAAGAGGCCUUGCUUACGUUUGACAAUGUCACCUAUACCGUUGGAGGAAAGCGGAUCUUAUCCAAAGUACGUGGGUAUGUUGAGCCUGGGCAGAUCUUGGCUAUCAUGGGACCAUCCGGUGCAGGAAAAUCGAGUCUUCUUGAUAUUCUCGCAAGGAAACCAAAACGGGGCAUCGUCAGCGGUGACAUCUUGAUCAACAAUGUGUAUCCAAGCAAGAAGCGCAUCAAGAAAAUAACCGGCUUUGUCGACCAAGAUGAUACAUUGAUGGCAACCUUGACCGUUCGCGAGACGCUCAUGUAUGCAGCAACACUCCGAUUACCACGCAACAUGCCAAUACAGCAAAAACAAAAGCGAGUGGCCCAAGUCAUCCAAGAAUUAGGAUUGGAAAGGAUUGCAGAUAUGGCGAUUGGAUCACCUGGUCAUCGAGGGAUCAGUGGAGGAGAAAAAAGACGUGUGAGUAUUGGCAAAGAGCUGGUGACAGGUCCAAGUUUGCUGUUCCUUGAUGAACCUACAAGUGGCCUUGACGCCUACAACGCUGCCAUGGUGAUGGAGUGCCUUAAACGACUCGCCAAACACAAACGACACACCAUCGUGGUGACCAUCCACCAGCCACGCACCAACAUCUACAACAUGUUUGAUUCGCUCAUGCUGCUUGCUUAUGGAAACACAGUGUACUUUGGACCAGCUAGUCAAACAUCACGCUAUUUUCGCGACAUUGGAUUUCCUAUUCCAGCGGGUUAUAAUGUAGCAGAUUAUCUGAUUGAUCUCACGAUUAAACGACCUGAUGACACAACAACCGAUCGCGAUGGGACGACUCACUCGCGAUCAUCAUCAUCAUCCACCGAUACCAUACAACAACACCAACUUGAUGAUGAGCCAUGCAACAACGAGAAUGAAGAAUCAUUGUUGCACAUCUCAGAUGUGAUACGUGACAUGAAUACUGGUGAACCACACAACUCGAUGGAAUUCAGCCUCUUAUCAGAAGCAAACCAUACAUACCACCUUGUUCAGUCUUUUAAAUCAUCACGCUUUGCCGAGGCCUUAGACGAACGAAUCCGAAAGCCACAUGCACAUUAUCCCAAACAACAACCUGGCAACGACUCAUCCUUUUCAAUGAUCCAAUUUAUGCAUGAGCUUAAAAUUCUCUCAUCCAGGACAUUUAUCAACCUUUAUCGGGACCCAUCUCUCUUUUUUGCUCACAUCACGUGUUCAACAUUAUUGGGUGUUCUUUUGGGUACGCUUUUUUGGCAAGUAGACGUUGAUUUAUCAGGCGUACAGAAUCGGCUUGGCGUGUUGUUCUUUAUGUGUGCUCUUUUAGGAUUCGCAUCAACAAGUGCACUGAGCAUGUUCAAUCGGGAACGACUUAUCUUUAUGCGAGAGCGAGAGAAUGGAUACUAUAGUGCCUCCAGCUAUUUUAUCGCAAAGCUGUUAUUCGACUUGAUUCCAUUACGCGUUUUUCCUCCUCUCUUGAUGGGAUCCACGAGCUAUUACAUGAUUGGCUUGAACCCAACAGGAACCGUAUUUGGCAAAUUCUUGCUGGUGCUGGUCUUGUUUAACCUUUCAGCAGUUGGCUUAUGUCUUUGUUUUGCAACUGCAAUCAAGAACUUGGCGUCUGCAAAUCUAUUCUCGAACCUAGUCAUGUUGUUUUCAAUGCUCUUUGGUGGAUUUUUACUCAACAAAGAUCACAUACCGAGCUUCCUAAGCUGGCUAAAAUACCUGAGCUUCUUUAAUUACGGAUACGAGGCAUUGAUCGUGAACGAGCUCAAAGACCUUACACUUCGAGACGAUACGAUUGCCGACAUCAAAAUCCCUGGCUCUAUCAUCUUGACACGGUUUGGGUUUGAUAGUCAAGCAUUUUGGAUUGACAUUGUACGAUUAUCCUUAUUCGUAACCAUUACGUUGACCAUUGCCUUUUUACUCUUAAAGUUUUUCGUGAUAGAACAACGUUAG